CCAGUCGAAGUCUACAUUCGGAGUACACCCGCUGCGUAAUUUACAUCCUGGAUCAAGGAGCAGGCUCGGAGCUGGCUCUACUUUGUGUCCAGAAUGAAGACAAACUACAUCUUCCAGCUGCUGAUCCUGGUCACGUUCCUUGACCUCAGUAUCCAGUGGACUGGGAACGUUUGUUCUCAAACAUUCUGCCGCUACAGACGCGUGAGACGAUGUGCAUAUCGGACGUGGAUGGGCUGCUGCUACUACAGGUAUUACUCGGUGCCGGAUUAUCUGACUGAAUAUUUCUGCUGUUCUGGCUGGAGAACUUCAUCCUACCAGAACUGUAGCCAAGCAAUCUGCAACCCUCCCUGUCAGAACGGGGGUACCUGUGUGCAACCCAACGUUUGUCGGUGUAAUGAUGGAGCUGUGGGGCCAACGUGUAACACGUUGGUAUGUAACUACCAGAGGCCCUGUUUCCCCGGGAUCUGUACAUCAGGCGCCAAUGUCAACUGUGACUGUUCAUCAGGCUUCACAUCUCCGUCAACUCGUCCGAUUGACUAUUGUAGAACAUUGGAAUCACCCCAGAAGCCAGAGAUUUACGAGAUCGGCGCCAGACUGUCGUUCUGGCAGCGUGGCACCGGGAUGCCAACCAUGGAGACGUAUUCCUUGUACGCGGACUCCACCAUGUCCACUGAUGCUGACUCCGUGUGGACAAACAGGGAGAGAUUCAACUGGGUGAACGUCACCGCGUCUGCCCAUUACAUGACGGACAAUCACACUCAGCCCUUCUUCAUCAAGAGAUAUGGCAUUGGAAUUGCUAAAGCCGAAGUUGAAAUUCACCACGAGAAGCUACCGUUGACGGGUUCAAAACCUGUUUUCAGCCUGGAAAUGACCUUGCCCUGCACACCGACUGUGUCUUCCCUCAACCCCACUUCCGACACCUACUACUGUAACAUCACCAAACGGGACUAUGACAGAUCUCUGGAAAAUGGAGAUACACUGACUCUCACAUUCAAGGCCUGGAACGGGGGUUACCGGGAACGCCAGGAAUUAACUCCUUCUGGCCUGAGAAGCAGAGGGAACCAGACGUACACGGGACAUAUGGUAAACCAGUCUAUGCAGUUCCGUUUUGACUUCAAGAAACCAACCCACAGCUGCCUGGGUCAAGGGUCACCCUGCUCAGGUGAACCGUUUUCAAUGACGCAAGAUGUGACAAAGAAUCCAAUCAAUCUCCGCUGGUCCAACUGGAAUGAUGUUCUUUCUGGCGUGUACCGCUACGCCUGGGAGGUAUUUAAACUACGGGUGGAUGGGAACCAGGUUCUGAAGGAGUAUGAACCCUUGAAUCCCAUAUAUGGACCUAUUGAAGUCAAUCAGUCGUCAUCUGCCUCCAACUCCUUCCAAGCCAACUACACACCAACUGCUCCUGGAGUGUACUCCUUCAUCCUGGAGGCCUCGGACAAGGCCAAUAACUCUGUCUUUGUCAGGAGAAUCGCCAUAUACGACCCCGUGUCCAGUGUUACUAUAGAUAGAGGGGCAGACAACCGUCUAUACAUAUCUUCGGCGGAUCCUAAUGGCGGGUACAACUGGCAAGAUGAUCCAUCUAGGGAAAUCAAGGUCACGUGGACCAACCACUUUGUCAACCUGAUGCACGAGCAGGGCAAGUGGUUGAACCAAGUCCUCGAAUACCCCCCACAGCUCGAGAACUUCUUGAAGAACAUCCCCAGAGAGUCCGGACAGGAUGACCACGAAGGAAACAGGACAGUAGACGCAAUACAAAACAGGAGAGGUGUUGUCAAGUUUGAGAUAGCUUAUGCGAAGGACAGCAACGCCGGUGUGAAUCAGCCGGAACCAGCCACAGGCUGGACUGAUGUUGGACUCAGUGAAACAUAUACCAUACCUCCAGGUUCACACCUACGUUCACUGACGAACAGGGACACGGUGACAGUUUGGGUGAGAGCUACAGACGUCCUAGGUAACAGCCGGGUAGAUUCGACGAGGGUCCAUUUUGAUGAUACACCGCCUGAAGUCGAAGAGCCUGUGUUCAAGAGGAACGUCCAGACAAACAACGUCCCCUUCAGUUCAACUGUUGAAGUAAAUGUUCGGGACAUGCAGAGUGGUAUGAAACGUGUGGAACUUAUCGUCAAGAAGAUAGGCAGCAACCUGGUGAUUGUUAAUGAAACGUUGCCCCUCAGGACUGUAAAUUCCUGUAAGAGCAACUUCACAUGUUACUGCACCACCGUCAAUCCAGUCUGCUUCAACAAGACGCAGUUCCUGCCCAUUAGCAACUGCUGGCUGAAACACCCAAUGCUGGAAGGGAAGACGGUGACAAUGGACAUGAACUUCGUGAACAUGGCGGGACUCCAUACAACAAGUAGAUUCACUGUGGAUCAACUAGACACACUGAAUGGUACACAAGCCUCGCUAGCCCCUCUAAAUGUGGCUGUUACGAGGAAGGAAACCAACCUAGUGACCCUGACGUGGAAACACGCCCUCAGCUGCUACAACCGGACAGAGAUGUGGAUUAACUACGAAGUUAAUGGACGGACCGAGAUGACCCUACUGCACAAGACAGCGACCACCCACACUCUGGUCGGCCUCCAGCCAGACACAGCCUACACAAUUGUGGUUAUUUCCCAGUAUGGGGAGUUCAAGAGCAGGGCUGUCCCGGUGACCGUCACAACAGAAUCUGAUGGACUUUGGGGAGCAGUGGCUGGUAUAGUGAUAGGGGUAUUACUCCUGCUCAUAGUGAUACUCGUCAUCGUGGGACUGGUCCUAUUCAAACUUGGCCUUCUCGCCGGGCUCCUUCGACGGGACCCGAAGUACAGGGAGAGACCACAUGUAGAGACCCCAGUUGGUACCACAGCUGUCAAACAAAGGAAUCGCGCCAGCAGAUGGGCAUAUGAUAACACGACAUACACCAAGGACGACGACAUCUACAUCUACGGCAGCAUGGACCUAGGAGAACCCUGGUACGUCCCUCCAGAAGACAUCAGCCUGACAGAGGUCAUCGCUACCGGCAAGUUUGCAAAGAUCUACAAGGCCAAGUGGAUGGAAACUCCCAAGAACGUCAAGGAAGUGGCUGCAAAGGUCCUGAAAGUGCGGGAGAGUGAGGACGACAUCCUUUUGAUGCUGGCGAAGAUCAACUUUGCUGCUACACAGGUCGGUGAGCACCGCAAUGUGCUGGGAUUCUUAGGAGCCGUCAUGGAAAACGAUGCUUUGGGUCCCGUCAUGGUGCUGGAGUACUGUGAGACUGGUCAGUUGGACAAGUGGCUGACCAAUCAGAGAUCCAACAUCACCGAAGAAACCCUUGACAGGAUACAGAACUUUGCCCUGGAGAUCGCACGUGCCAUGGAGUACCUGACUUCCAAGGGGAUCGUUCACCGCAAACUAGCUGCACGUAACUGUCUGUUGACCUUCCUGCUGGAGAUCAAAGUUGCAGGCUUUGGGCCAAGCAGGGUUGAUGAGUCCUCCGAGGACAACAAAGGGGACCGCAUCCCCAUUAAAUGGACAGCCCCCGAGUGCCUGAGGUCUCUUAAGGAUGCUAAUGAGAAGAGUGACGCGUGGUCCUAUGGCGUGACGAUCUGGGAGAUCUUCAGCAUGGGUGGAAACCCUUACGACAACAUCAGAGGUCGUGAUAUACCAGCAAAGGUCAAGGGUGGAUACCGAAUGGCAAGGCCAGAGUAUGCAGAGGAUAUUCACUACCGGCUGAUGCAGGACAGCUGGUCCGAAUCCCCAGGGAAGCGGCCCACGUUCAGGAAGGUGGUGGAAAAGCUUGAGUCUUCAUUCGGUCUUCGACGCGACGGCGACGACGGAAACUACUACUACCAGCGCUGAAAUGACAAUGAUGUCCUACUUUGGACAAUGGUUGAUUGAAUAAGUUUCCUGAUUUUUGGUAAUUCUUAUUACAUGUUGAACGAUGUAAACCAUAGCGAACGUGGUUCACAGACUGGCGUUCUAAUCUUUCCAAGAUACUAGUCUAAAAUCGGAACUGAAUAAAAAUGCUGAAGAUGGCAUCGUGCCAUUACAGGUUACAUCUAGGGAUUUGCUUCAUUCUGACCAAAUGUUCUAUCAUACAAUAAAUAUAUAAUAUAUACAUUUUAUUCCCCUCCUCUGGGGGUCAAUGAAUGACGUACCUCGCUAUGUUUUAUUUCGAGGGCAUAAUCCCAAUAUUAUCUGAAAUAUGUAAUGAAUGUGUUUCUGCAUACUAUUAGAGUGCCUUGUAUAUAAAAUAGAUUAUUUUGUAAGUCUUGUUGCACGCUGAAAGAUGUUUACCGCAGCAAGCGUACAUAAGGGGAAAAACUGUUAUGUGCCUUUAUAGGAAACAAGUAGCGAAUUGUUUAAUCUUGAAACUGCACAACACUGGAGGAACUAGUAUAGGAUACAAGUGAUCAAAUGGUCCAUCCUUUCCAAUUUGUUUAUCUCACAACCAUAUAUGCACAUUUUUAUUCUCCUCUGUUGGUACACUGUAUGAUGUCUGAUGUGUUUCUGGAGUAUUAUCCCAAUAUAAUCUGAAAUAUAUAAUGGACGUGUUUUGCACACUAUUAUAGUACCUUGUAUGUAGACAUAGAUGUUUUUUGUAUUACCAUCACCUUGAUAUAUUUACAUCAUGCUUGACAGGACACCUGCACACCGGUACCACUGCUACUAUCCCACCAUAGGCCGCUUCUCGUAGAG